AAUGACAUCCGUCAUAACACAGACUCUGGCAAAACCUCAAUACUAAUGCUACUUGACCUCAGUGCUGCAUUCAACACUGUAGACCAUACAUUACUUCUGGAAAGGUUAGAAAACUGGGUGGGGUUUUCAGGCACUGUCUUAAAUUGGUUCAGGUCCUACCUACAAAAUAGGAACUACUUUGUUUCCAUUGGCGACUUUGUAUCAGAAUCAACCAACGUGACAUGUGGAGUCCCACAAGGUUCGAUCUUAGGACCCUCUUUAUUCAACAUCAACAUGCUCCCACUAGGGCAAAUCAUGCAAAAUAACAAUAUUGACCAUCAUUGCUAUGCUGAUGACACGCAAAUCUAUGUAUCGCUAUCACCAAAUGACUAUCAGCCCAUAGAUCUGCUGUGCCAGUGCAUUGAGCAAGUGAAGGAAUGGAUGUGCCGAAAUUUCCUUCAACUAAAUGAGGACAAAACAGAGAUAAUUGUAUUUGGUUCUAAAACGGAAAGGCUUAAAGUAACCCAACACCUUCACUCUCUGUGCCUGAAAACCUCAAUCAAAGCCAGAAAUCUAGGGGUGAUCAUGGAUUCAGAUUUACAUUUUGACAGUCACAUCAAAUCAGUUACAAAAUCGGCAUAUUAUCACCUUAAAAAUGUAGCAAGACUUAGAGGGCUCAUGUCCACCGAAGACUUACAAAAACUUGUACAUGCCUUUAUCUCAUUAGUAAGCUUGAUUACUGCAAUGGUCUCCUUACAGGUCUCCCAAAACAAACUAUCAGGAAGCUUCAGCUUGUUCAGAAUGCUGCUGCUAGAGUUCUAACAAAGAUCAAAAAAUUUGAUCAUAUUACACCAAUUCUGAAAUCGUUACAUUGUAAAUGUAAAUGGACUGCAUUUAUAUAGCGCUUUUCUAACCAUUGGCCACUCAAAGCGCUUUACAAUAUUACCUCACAUUUACCAUUCACGCACACAUUCACACACCGACGGCGGAGUCAACCAUGCAAGGCGACAGCCAGCUCGUCGGGAGCUAACAGUCAGGGUUAGGUGCCUUGCUCAAGGACACAUCAACACUCAGCUAGGAGGAGCCGGGGAUCAAACCAACAACCUUCAGGUUACCAGCCAACCCGCUCUACCUCCUGAGCUACUGCCGCCCCAAACAAACAUUGUCUUCCUGUAGGUCAGAGAAUUGAUUUUAAAAUCAUGUUGCUAACCUAUAAAUUCCUACAUGGUUUAGGCCCAAAAUAUUUAACUGAUAUGCUUCCACUACAUCAGCCUUCUAGACCGCUAAGAUCCUCUGAGACCAAUCUGUUAAUUAUCCCCAGAGUAAACACAAAACAUGGGAAAGCAGGAUUUAGUUACUAUCAGUGGUGGACAGUAACGAAGUACAUGUAAUUCGUUACUGUACUUAAGUAACAUUUCCAUGUAUCUGUACUUUACUCAAGUACAUUUAUUUGGUAAGACUUUAUACUUUUACUUCACUACAUUUAAAGCGAAAAUUAUUACUUUUCCCUUCUUUACAUUUACAGAAACACUCGUUCCUUACUCGUUCCUUUUUUAUUUUUAAUAAAAUACCAAAAGGUCAAAGUGUAUCGCGACUAUAACCAAUCAGCGGCAGCGCCCAGCGCGCGAUUAUCUGCUGAAGUUAACAACAGAGGUGUCGUCCUGAUUGUAGAAUUGCAUAGUCACGCUGGAGUUGGAAGCACAAGGUGGUGUGGUCAUUGAGAGAGAUCAUUAAUAUUAUUUGUCAGGGAAAUGGCUGAGGAGCUGACUGCAGCAUCAUUGGAAGAAACCGAAGUUGGUGCCCAACACCCCUGGCCUUAUUUGGCCGAAUUGUUUGAAUUCCUCGAGAAGAAAAAAGAGUCCUAUCACUUCAAGUGUCGCCUCUGCAUUAAAAACACUACGCUGUCGGCAUUCUGGAACUCGCCAUCGAAUUUAAAAAAGCACAUCGAGGUAAGUUCGCCAUUACAUGACUACUACUAACAGAGUGGUUAUAAAUAUGCCCCGGUUGAUUAUAUUACAUUGAAAUACAUUACAUUCACAGGUGCUUUUAUCCAAAGCAAUAUGCUAGCACCCAAAUUAUCUGUGGAGAUGCUAAGUGCCAGUUAAAUACAGCCUCCCUCACCAAACGUUAACACCGGGGACACAGUCGAAUUCAUGGCCAAGCGAAGUGAACUUCGCAAUUCAUUCCUAUGAGGGAGAAGGCAAGCACAUAUGAGCGAAGCGACAUUAUUCGGCCAAGUUUAAUAUUAGUUAAAAAAAAAUUGCAACAAGAUAAUUGUGUAUACUCGGAGCAGGAUCAAUGUCAGUUUAAUUUUUAUGUUGAGGACCGGUGAUGGCGAAACUGUGUGUAAAUUCUGUCACAUUUUGGUAGGGGCCUCUGCAUUUUAAUGAACACCAACUAACAAUGAGUUUACUUUUUGUGGGACGCCCAGUGUUCAUUUAUUAAUGAUGGCAUUAUGUGAAUGGCGUGUGGUUCUUAUCAUUCUUUUUUUUUUUCCCUCAGAGAAAACAUGCAAGUCAAUUACCAAGAUACCUGUACAUGACCGCCCCACGGAAGAGAAAAGCCAAAACAGAGGAUGCAGCUUCAUCAUCUAGGCCCACAAAGCAACUGAAAUUAGAUGAAACAGUAGCUAAUCGAAAAAGUGUGGACCAAGCUGUGGUGAAUUUCGUGGUACAGAGUCUCCAGCCCUUCAGCGUGGUGGACCAGCCAUCCUUUCAGGACCUUCUGAAAGACCUUCAGCCCAAUGCCCCUCUAAUGUCAAGAACAACAUUGCGAAGAGGAUUGAUGACGCCUCACUUGACAUGAAGAGGAACAUUAUAGAAGCAAUGUCCACAGUCAGUGUCAUUGCCACAACAACAGACUGUUGGAGCACAAGGCGAAGGAGUUUUUUAGGAGUGACUGCCCACUGGCUGGACCCCAGUACCCUGGAGAGAUGCUCCGUAGCACUAGCAUGCAGGCAAAUAAAAGGUCCACACACUUUUGAUGUCCUGGGAAGUGCAUUGCAUGAGAUCCACUCUGAAUUUGGCAUACAAAACAAAAUCGGCAGAACAACAACCGAUAAUGGUUCAAAUUUUUUGAAAGCAUUCCGAAUGUAUGGAGAGCAAGAUGAGAACAACAAUGCCAAUGCCAAUGAUGUUUCAGAUGAGUCUGAAGAUAAUGGGGAGGAGAUGGGUGAUGAAGGUCAACAUUUGGAAGGAGAAGUGGAUUUUGUGGACGCCACAGCCAUCUUAAAUGAAGAUUACGGCCUGCAAUUUCAUCUCCCAAAACAUCACAGAUGCGCCUGCCACCUGCUAAAUCUGGUCUCCACAGUGGAUGCUGAAAAGGCAACCUCAAAUGAUGCGUACAAACGGCUGUCAAGAUCAACAUUUUCAAAAUGUUAUGCGCUGUGGAAUAAGUGCGGACGAGCUACAACUGCUGCAGAGAUGGUGGAAGACGUGUGCAAAAUACAGCUAAUCCGUCCGAAUGCCACAAGGUGGAAUUCAUUACUCCUGGCAGUCGAGAGAAUCCUGCGAAUCGUAAAAGAUGAGGGAGAGGCAGCUCUGAGGACCCUAUUCACUGGUCUCAAGUUGCCUAGGUUGAGCUCUGUGGAAAUCUCCUUUCUGGAGGAGUACGCCAGGACAACGGGACCAGUCGGCAAAGCCCUCAACAUUCUGCAAGGCAAAAACGAUGUCCAGAUGGGAUGGCUCCUGCCUACGUUGACGCUCCUCAUAACAAAGCUCGAAAAGAUCUGCAUCACCAGCAGAUACUGCAAACCGUUGGUGGACGCUGUGCAAGAGGGCCUGCAGCACCGCUUCGCAGACAUGCUGGUGGAACCCGAAUUCAUUGCUGCGGCCAUCCUUGUCCCGAAGUUUAAGACAUCGUGGACCUCUGACGAAGACCUUAUACUACGAGGCAAGUCAACAUUAAUCAUCCUUUUUUUAUGUCAGAAAAGGAGUAAUGUUAGCAUGGACUACAUCAAGGCCCAUCUGGAAGAAGAGACUGCCCACCUGUCCCCAGCUAAUGGCUCCAGUGAAUCGGAUGAGGAGGACUUCUUUGCUAGCUUCAAGAAGUCUGCUGGUCAAGGUGAAGCGGAGGUUGCGGACGAUCCCCCUGCGCCUGUCGUGGUUGCCCAGAGGAGAGUGUGGGUCCACAGUAUUAAUCGUGGCAGGGGGCAGUACAGGGAAUACCACCGGCUGUGCCAAGAGCUCCGCCUGGACGAGGAUCGCUUCAAGGUAUAUUUCAGACUCAACCGGCAGCAGUUUGAAGGAGUGUUAACAUUUAUUGGGCCGACCAUCGCCAAGAUGAACACCAAUUAUAGGGAGAGCAUCAGUCCCGCCCAACGGCUUUGCAUUUGUCUGAGGUACCUGUCAACUGGAGACUCGUACAGGUCUAUAGCCUUCAGCUACAGGGUGGGGUUCUGCACUGUGGCGAGGAUUGUGAGGAGUGUGUGUGAGGCCAUAUGGUUGUGUAUGGUCUCCACAUACAUGCCUGUGCCAGGGGCAGAGGACUGGAUGAAGAUAGCGGGGGACUACGAGAAGCUGGCGGACUUCCCCAACUGCCUCGGCGCCAUAGACGGCAGACAUGUGGUUAUCCAGUCCCCACCGGUCGUGGAUGUGGGGGCCUACGGCAGGAGCAGUGAUGGAGGCACGCUCUCUUCUUCGGCCUUUGGCACUGCUCUGCGGCUGGGGAACCUGGACCUUCCACCUGAUCGACCCCUACCUGGAGCAGACCAUCUGGGACCCCAGCCGCAUGUUUUCAUUGGGGAUGAAGCUUUUCCUCUGCGGAGGAACCUCCUGCGGCCCUACCCUGCCCAAAACCUGGGGGGAGAGCGGAGGAGCUUCAAUUUUCGGCUGUCCCAUGCCCGGAGGAUUGUGAAGUGCGCCUUUGGCAUCCUCGCCAAUCAGUGGAGGCUCUACAGGAGAGUUCUCGGCGUGUCGCCAGAGGUUGCAGAGAGCGCCGUGAAAGCCACCUGUAUCCUCCACAACUAUAUGCGUUGGGAUGGUGAGGGAGAGUGCCAUCACAGGGUGCAGUGCAGAGCAUCCCCAGGGUCGGCAGCAACAACGCCUCCAGGGAAGCGGUCGCAGUGA